AUGGCGGCUCCUUGCCGUUCGAUAUCUCCGAAUACCCGAAGCUGUCUCCAGAACAGGCAGGGCACCUCCGCCAUUUCUACAAUAUCAGCUCUGCGGCGGAUGGAGAAUGGCCACACAUGGGCUCCCAGGAGCCUGCAAGAGUUCCUCGAUGCGUAUAGGUAUCAGCUUGCAACAAUGGUGUAUGCAUCAGGGCUGACACACUACCACCGCAUGCCUGUCAUGCGUGGCCUCUUUAAGCCCCUUAUCCGCCAUCUUAUUAAGAAGAUGCUGCACCCUGACGUGUGGAGUUACUGGUACCUGACUUCCCAGUCAGGCAUUUUGCUUGAUCCCGACCUGAAAGAGCUUCGUCGACCGUGGGCAGACCCAGUUGUCCGAGAGAAUAUCAUGUAUAGUGGCCACCUGCUUCUCAUGACGAGUCUCUACGCUACGUUGUUUGAUGACGACGAGUUCGAGAAGCCGGGAAGCCUCACUUUCGAGUGGAAGCCACUAUUCUGGGGCAUGGGCCCAGAGACGUAUGCCUAUGAUAAUCGGAGUUUGCAACAGGCCAUAAUGAAGGAGAUGGACCGAAAUGGUUGGGUUGGCGUCUGCUGUGAGCCCAAUCUGGUCUUUGUUGCGUGCAACCAGUUUCCAAUUAUUGCUAUGCGCCUCAAUGAUGCACGUGAUGGUACUUAG